AUGAUUUUGAUGGAUUACAUUGAAAAAAGAUGUCCUCCAGUAUUUGGCGAAUUUGAGUGUCCUAUCGGUUUCACAUGCAACGAGAACCAAUGUUUGGCACGAGACGGCCGACAGUCUACAAUGUGUGGAUUUGAGACGGAAUGCUCCGAUGGAACCAUCUGCGUCGAAGGAAAGUGCUAUCCGCAUUCGACUAUAAAAUGCAACAGGCACGUACUCACAGCAGAUGGGCAGGCCCGCAGCAUUGUUUCCGAUUGUGGGAAGAAAGGGAAGUGCGUGAAUGGCCAGUGUGUUUACGACAGUAAGUUCAUUUCCUUUUCUUUCCAACUCAAAGGAACAUUUCUGAGCAAGGAAGAGGGUCUUGCGUGUUUUUUUCAACGCACUGAUUUGGAACCUCCUCUAUCAGAUUCGUUCUGGGCCUCAGUGUUCCUCUCAAAAUUCAGCUCCUGUUGA